AUGCUCUCACUGUUUUACAGCUGCCUGCUGCUCCUACUGUCCCAGUAUGCACGCGGGGGGCAGGCAGACCCUCAGCUGUGCAGCUGGCCGUGUAAAUGCCCCGCCGUGCGGCCGCAGUGCGCUCCGGGGGUCAGCGCGGUGCUGGACGGCUGCGGCUGCUGUAAGAGCUGCGCCCGGCAGAUCGGAGAACCGUGCAACGAGAGGGACGUGUGUGACCCCCACAAAGGCAUGUACUGUGACUUCUCCAGAGACAAACCACGCUUCCAGAACGGCAUCUGUGCAUACCUGAUGGCGGUGGGCUGCGAUAUGAACGGCGCCCACUACGAUAACGGUCAGUCUUUCCAGCCGAACCCGCUGUAUAAGUGCGUCUGCAUCGGCGGCGCUAUUGGCUGCACGCCGGCGUUCGUACAGAAACCCGCCGCCAUGCUGAGUCCGGCUGGGCUGCAGAGCAGCGCCCCUGCUGGGCUGAAGGCCAAACACCAGCAGGACACCACCUACAGGACCAUGUCAGCUUACAGGGAUCCUCCUUUAGCCUGGAAGAAGAACUGCCUGGUGCAGACGUCGCCCUGGGCUCCGUGCUCACAGACCUGCGGCGUCGGCAUCUCCGUCCGCAUCUCCAACGACAACGGCAAGUGCGAGAUGAGGAAGGAGCAGCGGCUGUGUCUGCUCAGACCCUGCGAGAAGAAGACCCUGAAAAACAUCAAGAUUCCAGCAGGAAAGACCUGUAAGCCCACCUUCCAGGCCAGGAAAGCGGAGAAGCUCUCGCUGUCCGGCUGCACCAGCAUUAAGAAGUACCGUCCGACCUUCUGCGGCGUCUGCACCGACCGGCGCUGCUGCGUCCCCAACAAGUCCAGAGCGGUGCAGGUGCAGUUCCGCUGCACAGGGGGCGCCAUCGUGAACUGGAAGAUGCAGUGGAUCACUUCCUGUGUGUGUCAGAGGAAAUGCGACCAGCCGGGGGACAUGUUCUCCGAUCUGUACUUACUGUAACACAGACACAAACACACGUUAUGAGUGGGGAACCGUUAGAAUCAGGGCUUCAGUACCAUAAACGUUAAAAACCAGCCAAACACAAUUUCUGCUAGCACAUCUAUGGGAUUUCUAAUAGUGUGUAAGCUGAGGCCGGUUCACAUGAACCUUCUGGGCCGGUUCUAGAUUAAACACAGACAUGUGAAGCUUGUAAAAGUCAUUCCAGGUGUUUUAUUGUUCAGUCUGUAUCAGUCAUUAUCGUGUAUCUGAUCUCGUGUGUAUCAGUGUUACAGAGACUCUUUCAGUACAGAGUUCUGCACAGAGCUGCUGCCACUGUUUAACACUCCUAACAACUAACCGGAACACUGCUUAGGCUACGACUCAUAUUCACAGUCAGUUAUCUAGAACAGGAGCAGAAGUUCAGUACAACAAGCUUGAUUAUUAUAUUAAAUGAAGAUGAACUGAAUAUUACAGAUAUGUAUAUUUUUCAUAGAAAGGUUCCUCACUGCAUAUUAUACAUAAAGGAUGUAUAACAAUCUGAGAACUGGAGCUCAGAGCUACAUUUAAUGACACGUACAUAUAAUCUCAGGAUGUUCUUAGAGCUGCAGGUACAGAUGUGUUACAAUUCAGGGUGAUACACACACAACACACUCAAACACAAACAUACUGCAACUAGAGAGGCUAAUUUAGGCACAUUCUGAUUAAUAACUGAUUGUCAAUCAAAGUGAAUAACCGGCACGAAUAAAAUUAAAGUCGCAACCCAUCAAAAUAGAUAACUGCAGAAAUCAGACAGCGAUCAGAGCCGUACUACAGAAACAGCUUAACUCCGAAAUCUGAUGUGUUUGGUCUCCAUGACAACUUCAGUCUGGACUGAAUUUCGGACAGCAGCUAUUCCAGAAUAACAGUUCCUACCUUCAUAAUCUCAUCAUGAACUCCAGAUAAGAAAACAGCAUCAUACAAACAUCCUAACUAGA